UGCUAUUGUUGAUCUGUACGUUAGCCUAUGACAUCUGUGGCACUACCCAUGGCGCCGGUACGUCGAUCAUAAAGUGUAAAAGAUAUAGAGCUUCUCUAAGGUUGCUGGCGUGAUAUUUAUUCCCUUAUUUUUUUUUGGGGGUUGACUGAAUACUACACAAUAUGGAGAAAAACAACGGCGAGAAAUCACCGAAUCAGUCUAACAAUGAGCAGCGCCGUUUGCCUAGAUCCUUACGUGCUCUGAGAAAUUCAGAAGAUGCGAAGAAUCAUCCUCGAACCCUUAUAAUCUGCCUCGAUGGUACAGGUGAUCAGUUUGACAAUGAUAACAGCAACAUCGUCCAUUUUGUUUCGUGUCUCAAAAAACACACUCCUGAUCAACAGGUGACAUACUAUCAGUCUGGCAUCGGCACUUACGACAAGGGAGGUUUGCAAGAUGGCAUUACUGCAGCUAUGGAUAUGGCAGUUGGCAGCGGGCUCGGAAUUCAUGUCAAGGACGCAUAUAGAUUCUUAAUGCAAAAUUACCGUGAGGGUGAUAAGAUCUGCCUAAUAGGUUUUUCUCGAGGCGCGUACACAGUUCGAUGUCUCGCUGGAAUGAUUCACAAAGUCGGCUUGUUACCAUCUAGCAAUGUAUCCCAGAUCAAUUUCGCCUAUGACUUUUACAAAGACGAUUCGAAGAAUGGAGAAUAUCUCGCCGCGGAGUUUAAGAAAACGUUCUGUACCGAAGUCAAUGUGUACUUCCUUGGGCUUUUCGACUGUGUCGCCAGCGUCGGCUUCUUUCCCCGCAAACUCCCAUUUAGCAAGACAGCCACAAAUACAGUUCACUACUUCCGACAUGCCAUGGCCCUAGAUGAACAUCGGGCCAAGUUCAAGGUGUGCCACUGGGAAAACAAUGAUUACGGCGACGCAUUUAAUAUGAAGCGCCGCGAGACAGUCGACCUGACACCGAAAGCUCGCCUGCGUAAUCGCUUCAGGCGACAGAAGAUGCCUGCUGGGAUGGGUGGCAAGCAAUCAAAAAGAGCUGCAAAUAGGAAUCAAAGCGAUGAUUCAAGCGAUGACGGAUGGGACCAGAAGUUUCAGGCUCAGGAAAAGGCGAACAACCGCUAUCGAGAGAUCACCACGGACGCUCUUGAAGUGUGGUUCAUGGGCGCCCACGCGGACAUCGGUGGCGGGGCCGUCCGGAACGAGAGCCGUCACAUGCUAUCCCGGAUCCCCCUGCGCUGGAUGAUCCGCCAAUGCUUCGAGUGCAACACGGGCAUCUUGUUCAACAUGGCGCGCUUGGCGGAGCAGGGUCUCGACGUGGUGAAUCUCUGGCCCGAGUACCAGGAGCCCAGCAAGCCUACGUCGCCGCCGCCGCCGCGUCUCAUGACGAAGUACCGCAAGGAGAUCCUCGCGCCGGUCCAGCGACGCUCGACGUUCUUGCCGAUCGGCCCGGAAGGACAUACUAUUGACGAUGCGCCGACGCGGGAAGAUCUGAAUUAUAUCCUACCCUCCGAGCACGACGAGAAUCACUUCGACGCCUUGCAGCUUCCGAAUGAUAUGCUGAAGAUUGCGAAGGGGUGGUGGAUACUUGAGCUGUGGCCUGUGAAGAUGCGCGUCUUGUCGAGCGAUAAGGAGGGCUGGGAGAAGAAGGUCCGGGUCAAUCUGGGGAGACACAGGGCUAUUCGCCAUCCGAGGCCGAAUAUGCAUUGGACUGUGCAGAAGAUGAUUGAUGAAGGGAAAUACGAGCUUAAGACGCGGCAGGUUAAUGGGACUAAGUGGUGCGAAGUCGUGUGAUGACGUCUUGUCGAGACGCUGGCGGUUAGAAGUCAUCGGCGUAUUGGCGAUUUGCAUAUUGUUACCACCGUUGGGGGAGCCAGCCAAUCGUUUACCUAAUUACCAUAUAUAUCAAAUAUGAAAACCCAGCAUUCGCUAAUGUAAUGGUAUUGAACGCCCCUAUGAAAGCUUGAUUCCUUACGAGAGCUUGGCUCUCUACAAUCGUUUAUCUGGUCGCCUGACAAUUGGAAUGAUCGUGUAAAUCAUGUACACACCUUAUUAUGGUCAACGGAGUUUGGGGGUCGGCUAAGUUCACUGGUCACCAAUAGCUAUGCUCACAACGCCCCGGACUACAUUCCAUGGAAGCAUGGCAUUCAGUUCUGUGAUGUCUGGAGUGUCAGCUAGUUAAUUCA